UCUCUUCUCUUGACAAGAUGUGUUGCAACUACGGCAACUCCUGUGGCUAUGGCUGUGGAUAUGGCUAUGGCUGUGGAUGUGCCCCCUAUUAUGGCUGUGGUUAUGGAACAGGCUAUGGCUGUGGCUAUGGUACUGGAUAUGGCUGUGGAUAUGGCUCACGGUAUGGCUGUGGCUCUGGCUGUGGAUAUGGCUCCUGCUGUGGCUAUGGCACUGGAUAUGGCUGUGGCUAUGGCUAUGGCUCCAGCUGCUGUGCCUACCGGCCAUUUUUCUAUAGAAGAUGUUAUUCUUCUUGCUGCUAGAACAUCACUGUUCAAACCCCACU